GGGCGGACCGGAAGUAGCCGCGAGCUCUUCCGGUCGAGGGCCACGCGGCGGGUGGAGAGGCGCGGGCUUCGGUGCGGCGGUCGUCGCCAUGGAGACCGAAGCGGCGGACGAGAGCGGCUUCACCAGCGUGGUUUCCAAACGCGGGCGGAGGAAACGGAGAGCGGCGGGAGCGCAGGCGAUGGAGGCGGCGGAGGCGAUGGAGGCGGUGGAGGGGAUGGAGGUGGCGGGGCCGCAGCCCAGCAAGAGGCCCGCCUUCCCGCCGCUGCCCGCCGCGGCCAUGGGGGUGGGGAAAGGAGAGCUGAGGAAGGUGCCGGUGCCGGCCAACAGGUACACCCCGCUGAAGGAGAACUGGAUGAAGAUAUUCACGCCCAUCGUGGAGCACCUGCAGCUCCAGAUCAGGUUUAACUUAAAGACGAGGAACGUUGAGAUCAAGACCUGUACAGAGACAAAGGACCUCAGUGCUCUGACAAAAGCAGCUGACUUUGUGAAAGCUUUCAUUCUUGGCUUUCAGGUGGAGGAUGCUCUUGCUCUCAUCAGAUUAGACGACCUUUUCCUAGAAUCAUUUGAAGUUACAGAUGUCAAACCUUUGAAAGGAGACCAUCUGUCAAGAGCAAUAGGGAGAAUAGCAGGGAAAGGUGGAAAAACAAAGUUCACUAUAGAAAACGUAACAAGAACACGGAUCGUUCUUGCUGACUCGAAAAUUCAUAUUUUAGGAUCUUUUCAGAACAUUAAAAUGGCACGAACAGCAAUUUGCAAUCUAAUUUUAGGAAGUCCACCAUCCAAAGUUUAUGGCAAUAUUAGGGCUGUGGCCAGCAGAGCAGCUGAAAGAUUCUGAGAUGCAGUGGUGCUGCUUUACCAAGGACUGUGGCUGGGGAGUGUGGGUACUGUGGGCACAAGCUGUGCAGUCACAGAGGCUAUGGAAGCACUCUGCCUUCUGCUGGACUGGGUAUCACAGAAGAAAAAUGGGACUGUUUGUGCAGUCUGAUAUACUCCAGGCAUACUGUCUGAUUUGAACACAAUCUGUGUACAGCCAUUAAAAGCUAUUCUAAAAAUGAUGAAACUGUA